AUGAGGGAGAGGUAUAGGGAAAGGAUGGGAGAGGUGAGAGUGGAAGAAGGAGAAGUGGAGGAGGAAAUUGAACAGAUGAACAAAAGGAUAAAAGAGGAGAUGAUUAAGGAGGAAGAAGGAGGGAGGGGGGAAGGAGAGAGGAGAGAAGGAUGGUGGGAUGAGGAAUGUAAGGAGUUAAAGAGAAAGGCGAAGGAGGAACUGAGGAGAUGGAGGAAAGGAAUAACUGGGAAAGAGAUGUACAGCAACGAGAAGAGGGAAUUCAGAAGAGUAUGCGAUGAAAAGAAGAGAAAAGAAAAUGAGAGAUGGGAGAGAUGGGCGAUGGAGGAGAGGAGUGAGCCUGAGAUUAGCAGAGAAGAAAUAAGGAAUGUAGUGAGGAAUUUGAAGAACAAUAAAGCGACGGGAGAGGACGAGAUACCGAAUGAAGCAUGGAAGUAUGGAGGAGAAAAGAUAGAGGAGUGGAUAGAGAAGAUGUGUAACAGAAUUUGGAGAGGAGAAGGAUGGCCAGAAGGAUGGAAGGAGGGAAUAAUAGUACCGAUAAUCAAAAAAAGAGAAGGAAGAGUGGUAAAAGAAUACAGAGGAGUCACGCUAUUGCCGACGUUAUACUCGUACAAGAUAUAUGCGUCGGUAUUAGCAGGCAGGUUAAGGCAGGAAAUGGAGGAGAAGGAAGCAAUACCGCAGAAUCAGGCUGGGUUCAGGAAAGGGAUGGGAGCGAUGGAUAACGUUUAUGCACUAAAUUAUCUGGUGAACAGGCAAACAAAUAGGAAAAGAGGGAAAUUGGUGGUACUAUUUCUAGAUCUGAAAGCAGCAUUUGACUCGGUAGACAGAGGGAUACUUAUAAAGGCGAUGAGGGAGAGAGGAAUCAGGGAGGGCUUGAUCAGCAGAUGUGAGGAGAUAUUAGCGGAAACGAAAAGCAGAGUGAGAGUAGGAGAAGAGGCGGGAGGGAUAUUUUGGACAGGAAGGGGCGUAAGGCAGGGAUGUCCGUUAAGUGCGAUCAUGUUUAACCUGAUCAUGGCAGACAUGGAAGAGGUGUUAAAAAAGGGAAGAUGGGGAGGAGUAAAAUUGGGAGAGGAGAAAAUUUAUACGCUAGGAUAUGCAGACAAUGUGGCAGUGUUGGCAGAGGAGCAAAAGGGAAUGAGAGCGAUGAUGGCAAGACUGGAGAGAUAUAUGGAUAGGAAAGGUAUGGAGGAAGAGCACGUGAAGGAGAGAAUUAAGCAAGGAAUGGCAGUAAUGGGACAAGUAUGGGGGAUAGGCAAAAGAAGAUUCGGAAGAGAAUGGGAAAAGAAAAUAUGGCUUUAUGAUAGUUUGGUAUGGUCGGUGAUAGGAUAUGGUGUGGAGGUAUGGGGAUGGGAGGAGAGAGAAUCAAUGGAAAGAUGUCAGGAGAAAUAUUUGAGAUGGGUACUAGGAGUAGACAGAAGGACGCCAGGGUAUAUGGUAAGGGAGGAGGUGCAAAGGGAAAAGCUAAGGGAAAGGGCAGGGUUGAGAAGAGCAUGGGAAUGGGAGAGAAGAUUAGAGGAAGGGAAAGGUAGUGAGAUAGCGAGGAGGUGUUUAGAAGAGAUAAAGAGAAGAGCAGAAGGAGGGAAGGAGUUAUCGAGGUGGGAGAGAGGCAGGAUAGAAUUCUUUGAGAGGAGAGGGUGGGAGAUAAAGGAGGUAAGGAGGAGGAGGGAAAAAGGGGAAACAAUGGUAGAGGAAUUGAUCAAGGCAGGGAGGGAUUUGGGAAAACAAGAGAGAUGGGAAAAAAUAAGGAACUCGAAGUACAACGAGUGGUAUAAAUAUAUCAAAACGGAGCAAAUACCAAUAUAUCUUAAAAAGGGAUGGGGAGACAGUAGGUGGAGAAGGAUAGCGAGAAGCAGACUAGGAAACGAGGUGAGGGGGGGCAGUAUUGGAUGA